AUGGCAGAAGCAAGAUGUUUACCUAUAUUGAAAUAUGUAUCUACUUUGUUAAAUCCAAUUCCACAAUAUAUGGGUCAAAUGCCACCUAGUGAUUAUUGUGAUAUGAUUAUACAGACAUGGGCACCUGCUAUACCAAAUAUGAUGGCUCUUGAAAAUGCAAAUGCUGAAGAUUUUGAUGAUGCUGUCAAAGUCAAAAUUAUAAAAGGUAAAAUGGCUGGAAAAUAUGCAUCAGUACCACCUCAAAAUAAUUUUGUAAAUCCAGCAGUUAAUAUUGAUAGUCCAGAUACUUUAAGAGCAUGGUUAAAUGCAAAAUAUCAACGAGAAACAGUUGGAACUAGCCAAUCAGCUAUUUUAAGAUUAUCUCAAGAAAGAUUUCAACCUUUUGAUAAUCCCGAUAUCUAUGAAACCCGAAUUCGUCCACUAUUAUUAGUAUUUCCUUCAUAUGAUGAAAUACAAAAAUCAUUUCAAGCUAUGUUAGAAAAACAGAAGGCUGAAUCCAAGGCUGAGAUUGAAAAAUUAAAAACCGAAUUCGAAUCAAAAAUAAGUCAGCAAUCCAAAAAAUCUCGCUCUCCAAUUCUACCUAAAGAUCAUGAACAAAUAUAUGAAUUUUAUGCAGAUCAGAGAGAUCCUAGAUGGUCAAAUCUUUCUAGAGAAGAAGCACUACAAUGGUUAGAUAAAGCUUUUCCUCCACUCAUAGCAAGUAAACCAGAACGAUUACGUUUAUCAAAUCAAAAUGCCAGAAUAGAUAGAAUAGAGUCAAAAGUAGAUGAAAUCGGUCAAAUAACAUCUCAAUUCGGGAGGAUGAUGCUUGAUAACAAAAAACCUUAUACAGAUGUGCCAGUUAGUGUAAAGGACAAAAAUGGUAAGAUUGUUACAGCUACUGGAAAUUUUGCUUGUAUUAAUAAUGGUGAACCUGAACCAAUGUUAUGUUUAGUUCAAGAUAUUCUUGAUCCAAAUAAAAAUCAAUUUCGAAUGAAGUUACAUGGGAAGACUUACACUAUCCCAACUUUUAGCAAGGCUACAGAGGUUAAUGAACCAGAGCAACAAGUUUCAGAUAUGUAUAAUGGUAAAGUUCUUGCAGAAAGAUGCUCUCAGCUUACUAAGGCAAAAACAGGCAUAUAG